CCUGUCACUAAAGCAAAAGUCAGCGUCUAAUGUCCCUUGCCGCUCCCCGUCCGUCCGUACAGUAACGCUUACCCAGUACCAGAAAUGGCCGAAGCACCUCCACGGCCCGGCCGGUUUUUUUGUCACCGGUGUUCAGCAGAGAUCUCGCCCCGCUUGCCGGACUACACGUGCCCACGCUGUGAGUCUGGAUUUAUUGAGGAACUACCUGAAGAGACAAGCAGCUCUGAAAAUGGGUCUGCGUCCACGUCGUCUGCCAACGAUCAGAAUCGCUCCAGCUUUGAGAACAUGGAUCACCAUCAUCUGUUCACGUUCCCCUCGGGGUACGGCCCAUUCGCUCUUGGGAUUUUCGACGAGAACUUUGACCUUCGAUCGAGAUUAUCCACCGAGGACAACCGGGACGCGGAGAACAGGCGAGAAAGGGAAAUGGCUUCACGCCAGCGAUACAGCGCACGGCAGCCGCGGGGUCGACACGUGCCACGCCGACAGGGUUCGCGCCACGAAGGAGUGCCCACAUUGGAGGGAAUCAUCCAGCAGCUUGUUAAUGGAAUCAUAGCACCUACAGCCAUGCCAAAUAUCGGGAUGGGACCCUGGGGUAUGCUACAUUCCAAUCCAAUGGACUAUGCCUGGGGUGCGAAUGGACUAGAUGCUAUCAUUACACAGUUAUUAAACCAGUUUGAAAACACUGGUCCACCGCCAGCUGACAGAGAAAGAAUAAAGAGUUUACCAACCAUUUCCAUUACACAAGAACAUGUCAGUGCUGGUUUAGAGUGUCCCGUCUGCAAAGAGGACUACAGCGUCGACGAGAGCGUUAGGCAACUACCGUGCAAUCAUUUGUUUCACAACGACUGUAUAGUGCCAUGGUUGGAGCAGCACGACACAUGUCCCGUGUGCAGGAAGAGCCUCAGCGGACAGAACACGGCCACAGACCCACCCGUGUUAUCAGGAAUCAACUUCUCUCCACCUUCCUCCUCCUCCUCUUCCUCUCCAAGCUCACCUAGCAAUGAAAAUGCAGCCAGCAACUCCUAGGUUCCCCCCCCUCCCUCCCUCCACACCAUCCCCUCCUUCACAUGUGACGGCACCACACCCCGCUGAGACCCACCGGCUCUCACUGCAGCUGAGACCACAACAGUUUUAUGUCUCAAUUCUCGGGGACAAGAACUUUGACUUUUAGUCUUCAUUCCUCCCCUCCGUGCCGAACGGACGCCGGGUCCAAGCCCUGCUGCUAUUGUUACUGAGUGUGUGAGGAGCGAAAGAGGAAUGUGAAAUAUAGUAAAGGUGGGAUUGUGACACCAGAUCAGAAGCAGUAUAGAAGCAGAGUGGUCUGCUUUUUUGGUGAAAACCAAAAAAAAUAAAUGAAAAAAAUGUCCUUAUCAUCCUGUUUGGACACAUUUUAGUAAAGUUAAAACCCCAACAAAAUGCUCUUUUUAAAACAACAUUGCCCGUGGUGGCGGUGGACAUGUCAGCCACUUGCAUCUAAUUAAUCAAGCAACAAACCUCUUGGGGGGAAAAGGAGGCUGUGUGUCUGAUUUUAAUUCAUUUGCUUCUUUAUUUUGCACAAGAUUCUGUCUGAGGGUGAGAAUGUGAAUCUGGAUAAACUACUGUACAAACUCAAGCAGCGAUUUGGUUUUUUAUUUCAUUUUUUCCAUGAAGCAAAUAUUUCAGGAUCCCCCCUCUUUUUCUUUUCUUUAAUUAUGGUCCAUUUGAUUAGAGCUCAGUCGUGUAUUUGCUGUAUGUUGAUGGUAGGGAUGAUUGCAGCUUAACAGUGGACACAAUUUUUAUUUUUGUAGUGAAAAAAAAAAUCUUUUGCGUUCACUGAAACACAACUUAAGCAAUGUAAGUUAUUAAAAAAAACAAAAUAAAUGGCAUGGGAUCAUUUUACCUCUCUGGAACUGGCCAAAUGAAUUUCACAAAAUAAGUGUUAUUUUAUUUGCUGAAUUUUUGUACAGUCACAAUAAAGUGCUAAUAACAACCGA